AGCAGCCAUGUUUGUUUGACUGCCUUGUGGGUCAGUUGUAGUUGCUAGCUGUUAUGUUUGGUGGCCACUACUCCUUUGAGGUGGGAAUCACAAUGGGUAGGGGAGCAAAUGAUAAAUGGUGAAAGAUGCGGCAUCGAGAAAGUAAUGAUGAUGUGGUUGUUGCUGCUAACAUCUCACGUCCGAAUCUUGAGUUAUAUAUAACACAAGUCAGGGCUCACCGGGUAACAUUACGCUAACGUUUUUUAGCUAGCUACCUGACAGCUGGAAAAUUAGGCAGCUUAUUAAAUGGCAUCAUUUAACGUUAACGCAGAAGGGGGACAUGUCCUUAACGUCCUGGCUGACGUUAGUCCAGAUAUCCAUAUUUGUGGCUUCUGUAAGCAGCAGUACAACAACUUUGAAGUAUUUCUUGCCCACAAGCAAAAUGGCUGCCAGAUUCCCUCCUCAAACAUAUCUGCCACAAAUGCUGGUACUUCUCUCACUGAGGCUGGCACAGAGUUGGUAUUUGAAGAGGCCUUCCAGGCGUGUGUGGCUAAAGUGGUGAAGAAGCCCCUUACUAAAGCCCAGAAGAGUCCCUCCAAACGGAUCAAGCCUACUGGGCCCACAGUCAGGCGGAGCUGCUGUUUCUCAGGAUGUACGUUCAAAACUCAGUAUGGUCAAAAGGAUAUGGAGAGGCAUCUCAAAACACACACAGGUGAGAAGCCCUUUGAGUGUGAGCUGUGUCACAAGCGCUUCAGUCGCCGGGACAAGCUGAACAUGCACAGCCGCUCGCACACUGGGGAGAGGCCUCACAAGUGCAAGUACUGCGCGUACGCGGCCGCAGACAGCAGCAGCCUCAAAAAGCACCUGCGCAUCCAUUACGACGAGCGGCCUUUCAAGUGCCAGAUCUGCCCUUACGCCAGCCGCAAUUCCAGCCAGCUGACCGUACAUCUGCGCUCACACACAGGUGAUUGCCCGUUCCAAUGCAACCAAUGCAAUGCCAAAUUCAAGAUCAACUCGGACCUGAAGCGCCAUAUCCGCGUGCAUUCUGGCGAAAAGCCCUACAAGUGUGACUUCUGUGACUACCGCUGUGCCAUGAAGGGAAACCUGAAGUCCCACGUUCAGAUCAAGCAUGCCUCCCGCAAUUCCUUCUGCUGCCCCGACUGUGACUUCCAGUGUGCCAACAAGAGUGCCCUUCGCCAGCACUCCCGGGGUCACCAGCCUGCCCUGCCCAUGCAGUGCCCCAAGUGCAGCUACUCCUGCGCCAGCAAGGGGGCGCUGAAGAUCCACGAGCGCGUGCACUCUGACGAGCGGCCCUUCAAGUGCCAGGACUGCAGCUUCGCCUCCAAGCAGCGCAGCAACCUGCUCAUCCACCGCAAGAAGUGCCACGCAGACAAGCCGGACAAGACGGCGGCUGAGAAGCGGCCAGGCACCGGGCGAGGGGCGAACGGCGAGACGGGCGGUGACCUGGUGCCCUCGAAACCCGUCAGCUCGCGCUACCGCGCCCGUCUGGAGGCGACGCGGGCCUUCCGCUGCAACGUGUGCGAUGCCUCGUUUGUGCGGGAGGACUCUCUGCGCAGCCACCGGCGUCAGCAUCAGAACCUCCCGCACAGCGGCUUCCUACAGCUGCCCACUCCCGUGACGUCCGCCACCAUCUCCGGCCCAGCGGGCCAGCGGCGAGGCGCGUCCAGCUCCUCCACCUCUCCUCCGGCGCCGGCCCCGGACGGCCCGCUGCUCUCCUCCUCCUACGCGGGCGCGCAGCUGAAGAUCAUCGUCACUCCGCAGCUGGGCCCGGAGGGCGCGCAGGCCUUGCUGAGCCCCGUGCAGGUGAGCCUGCUGCCCAUGCAGAGCAUGCAGCCGCCUGCGGAGGGCGCCCUCGGCCAGCAGACGGUCCUGCUCACCCACAUCUCCCCUGCCGACGACGCGGGCGCUUCGGGCCUGCCACAGACGCUGAGCGCGGACAGUUCACAGACUUUUAUCACCACCUGCUCCGACCUGGACGGACUGACCGCUCUCAUUCAGGAGGGAGGCACCGAGGUCACCGUUGUGACGGACGCCGAGCCUCCUGGCCUGCCUUCCUCCGCAGAGUGCCUGGGCCCGCCGCUGGAGGUGGUCAGCGAAGUGUCCUCUCAGGGAGACGCCAAGGCUCCGGGGGCGGUCAUCCUGGGGAGCGAGGCCCCCUGUGAGGACGGCAGCGGGUUGAUAAUGUCCAACAUCAGCGUGGGGCCUCAUGGCACCUUGCUCCUCCAUAACAUGCCCUUGAGCCUCGGCCCUCCUGAGAGAGCCACCCCGCUAGAGCCCCUGUCCCCACACAACAUCUUCUCAGACACACCUCCGGUGGACCCAGAAGACUGACGCACACUCACACCGCCAUUGCCUAUCUCUGGGAUCUCAGUGUUACUGGUCAGAAAUGCUCAAAGAAUCAUAAGCUGUGGUCCAGGCUUCACCUAGCUGACAUUUUAUUUUAUUUUAUUUUUAUUUUAUUUUAUUUAUGUUCAUAGGACAUUUGGAAUGAAGCAUGUCUGGUAGAAAUGAAUUUCUCUGGUUCACUCCUUGAUAACAGUAGAAUCAUAUCUUUAGUUCAGUAGGCUGGUACCAUGAUAGAUUAGGAAUGCAUCAUGAAAUCAAUGUGAUGUGAACAUUUGUUGCUUAAAAUGAUAAAUGUUUCCUGAGCGUCAGUUCAGUCAAACUCUCUUGUGGCUGGCUCUUGAGUGUUGUUGGAGUGGACCAUGAAUUUCUCUGGAAAUAUGAGAUAAUAAAUAUUCUCUUAUGUGAACAGAA